AUGGCUUCAAGAGUAUCCAGAGCACUGCCGGCACUCCGCUCUAUAUCUAGGAGUGCCAUCCAAAAGAGUGCGCCUCGUACACUCGUUUCCGGAGCUGGCGUAGCGCGGCUACGAGGUCAGGUCCUCGGUCGAAGAGGCAACGCUACAGAGGCUUUGGCACCUCGGGAGAUCAAACCCUUCGUGGAAGAUGGAACAGUGAACGCUUUCCAUGGGCCCAGGCCAAAGAUCACUCAUGACAUCUCGAAACUUUCGACCAGCCUUGAGAACCAGAAGGUUGUCAUCGCCGGGUGGCUUUCUUCCCAGAGGCGUGCUUCUGAGAAGCUCCACUUCUACACUCUCCGAUCCCCUUCCUCAUCUUCUGCCGUCCAGCUCAUCUCGAAAUCAAAAUCAGGCGAAGGAUUGAUGGACUGGCCUCUUGAAAGUGUUGUUCUCAUCGAGGGUACCGUCAAGGCUCGAAAGUCGAAGCCCAAGGACGCCACUUCUCCCGUAGACGACAUUGAGCUCGAAAUUGGAAAGGCGAUCCUGCUCAACCCGGCCGACAAGGUCCUUCCCUUCUACCCCAACAAGGGUCCUCUGGUCAACGAAGACCUUCGAGCCCAACAUCGCUACCUCGACCUCCGCCGCCACGAGCUCGCCUCCAACCUCCGCCUCCGAUCCCAAGUCUCCCACAUCGUCCGCACAUAUCUCCACUCUCAAAACUUUACCGAAAUUGAGACUCCCAUCCUCCUCAACUCUUCCCCAGAAGGUGCUCGGGAAUUCCUCGUCCCCACCCGCUCUCCCAAUGCCGAUGGUCAACCGACCUUUUACGCUUUGCCCCAAAGCCCUCAACAGCCCAAGCAGCUCUUGAUUUCGUCGGGUGCUGUGGACAGGUACUACCAGAUCGCUAGGUGUUUCAGGGACGAAGAUGGAAGAAAGGACAGACAACCCGAAUUCACCCAGAUCGAUCUCGAAAUGGGCUUUGUGAGCGGUGCUGCUCCUGAACCUACACCAGGGCAGGAUGGUCAGGAGAUGAGGAGUACCUGGGCUAUCGGAGGAUCAGAAGUGAGAGAAGUCGUGGAAGGGAUGGUGAAGAAGAUUUGGAAAGAAGUGAAGGGUAUUGAAUUGGAAGGGUGGUUCAGGGUCAUGCCUUACCAAGUGGCUAUGGACGUCUAUGGAUCGGACAAGCCGGACACGAGGUUCAAGUCGUAUUGUCUUCCUAUCGGGUACUACCCUCAUCUUUCGGAUCCUUCCAUUGACAAGGUGUUGAUGGACGAGAGCCCGUAUCAGGUGGAGUGGAUGGUGACCCCCGCCGAGCAAGCCAAGGGUAUUGAUAUCAAGACUAUCGCUGGUGAUAACGCCUUUAUUGACUACGUCAAGAUCACUCCUGAAAACACCCACUCGUGGCUCGGUGAAUCCGUGCUCACCGCUCCUCUCGGCCUCCAGCUCGACAAAAACUCGCCAUACCCCGGCGGUGUUGAACCUGGAGAUAUCAUCUGGCUGUCUAGGCGAAAGAAGAUUGCUGAGGGCGGAUGGACCAACUUGGGCAGGCUGAGGGUGCAGAUCAUGGAUGAGCUCGUUUCCAAGGGUCUUGCCCAACUUCCCGACGAGCCUCACUUCUUGUGGAUCACCCAGUUCCCUCUGUUCACCCUCGCCGACGAGGACAAAGCUCAACUCUCCCGCGGACGUUACGCUGCCACCCACCACCCCUUCACCGCCCCCGCUUUCGAAGACCUCCCCGCCCUCAAAGCUGGAGACGUCUCCAACGUCAAGGGACAGCACUAUGACCUCGUCCUGAACGGCCAAGAGAUCGGAGGAGGCAGUGUGAGAAUACACGAUGUCAAGUUGCAGGAAUACGUCAUGAGGGAGAUCUUACAGUUGGAUGAUGAGGAAGUGGGCAGGUUUGAUCAUUUGCUGAGGGCGUUGAAGUGUGGCGCGCCGCCGCAUGGUGGUAUAGCGCUUGGGUUUGACAGGUUGGUGGCGAUCCUGGCAGGCGCGAAGAGUAUCAGGGACGUGAUUGCGUUCCCGAAAUCGACGACGGGGCAGGACCCAGUGUUCAGGUCUCCUAGUGUGUCGGGGGACGAGGUGCUGAAGGAGUAUGGGCUUUGCAGCCUGAAGAAGGAAGCCAAGCACGAAGAGAAGGAAGCGCAGGUAUGA